UAUUCCUCUUUCCAUCUGUCUCUGAAGCCUCGAAAUCCCCCGCCUUUUGUACCCUUCGCCAACCCGCCCAUGAACGUGAGCAAGAGUGCAGCUUCGGAGGACUCGGGGGACGCUAUGACCCGCGUGGACUUGUUCAAAAAAUUUAAGCUCUGCAACACUCUCGAACCUUCUUUGGGCAUAGUUGGCUUCUUCUUGAUCGUUGUUCUCCUCGUUAGCUGCUUCUUUUACCUUGACUACGGUGCUGCAAUAAGGGGGCUACGCUCUCGGGGAGUUCCUUUGCUGGGACUGCAUUUUUCGUCCUCAUUUUCACCUUCACCUUUGGUUGGGGGUGCGCGGGUUGAAUUUCUGGGUGAAGAGGGAGAUGGGUGUGAUGUAUUUGAUGGCAAUUGGAUUUGGGAUGAGAGCUAUCCACUAUAUCAUUCCACAAAUUGUUCAUUCUUGGAUCAAGGUUUUCGCUGCUCUGAGAAUGGUAGGCCCGAUAGCUUCUACACGAAGUGGCGCUGGCAGCCCAAAACUUGCAACUUGCCCAGGUUUGAUGCAAGGAAGAUGUUAGAAAAGCUGCGGGACAAGCGGCUUGUAUUUGUUGGUGAUUCAAUUGGAAGGAACCAGUGGGAAUCACUCCUUUGUAUGCUCUCUUCUGUUGUUUCGAACAAGAACACCGUGUAUGAGGUUAAUGGCAGUCCAAUCACAAAACACACUGGCUUCUUGGCAUUCAAGUUUGAAGAUUUUAAUUGCACUGUGGAGUACUACAGAUCUCCGUUUCUUAUAGUGCAGGGACGGGCUCCAACUGGAGCUCCUAAAGAGGUAAAAAUGACUCUAAGAGUUGACCUAAUGGACUGGACUUCUCCCAGGUGGCGAGGUGCAGAUAUAUUGGUUCUUAAUGCUGGACAUUGGUGGAAUAACGAGAAAACUACUAAAAUGGGUUGUUACUUCCAAGUAGGGAAGGAAGUGAUCAUGAAUAUGACUGUAGAGGAUGCAUUCAGAAAAUCAAUGGAGACAGUAUUGGACUGGAUUGGCGGUGAAGUAAACAUGAACAAGACUUACGUUCUUUUCCGAACUUAUGCUCCUGUGCAUUUCAGAGGUGGCGACUGGAAUACUGGUGGCAGUUGUCGCUUGGAAACACUCCCUGAUUUUGGGUCUUUGCCUCCACUAUCUGACAAACAUUUUGAAAUUGUCAUCGACGCCUUAUCAGGGCGCUUGAACAAAUCAGAAACGAAGAAUCUGGACUUGUUAAAUGUGACACAAAUGUCUCUAAGCAGAAAAGAUGGGCAUGCAUCUAUUUACUAUCUGGGGCCUAAUAACACGAUAGCCGCAUUGCAGCGGGAAGAUUGCAGCCAUUGGUGCUUACCUGGUGUCCCUGAUUCUUGGAAUGAGAUUCUUUACGCGCUUUUGCUUAAGCGGGAGACAAAUCGCACUGUCUAUACAAAUAAAGAUGUGAAGUCAAAUUCAUAGGAUCGGUGUGGCGGAUAAAUGUGAGAAGUUUGCCGGGACUUCCAUGCGGAGCUGCACCAGAAUUUUCCAAUCCCAGUCACGUUGCUUCCUUCGUUAUGAUUGCCUGAUUCUCUUUAUUGUGAUCUGCCGUUGCAAGUCAUUAUGAACUUCUGCACCAAUUGAUCAGCGUGGCCCGGACCGUGGAUUUCAUGUGUCGGGUGAAUGUUGGGGACUCCACCAAGGAUGAAUUUGCAGACAAACUUGACGGAUGAGAGAAGGCGUAUACGGCGCCGGAUUAUUUUUUUUUUCACAACUUUUUGGAAUUUGUAAAUCAUCAAAACCGUCGAAGUAUGCAAGCCGAUUCCUUCGUACUUUAGGUUUGUAUGUGAUAUAUAGAAAGAGUACGGUUUGUAUGCCCAAUUGUUUUAAUAUAUAUAUAUAUAUAUAUUA